CAAAGCCCUGGCCUGCCCUCCUUCUGAUGUCCAGGGGAAACCAGACCCCAUCCUCUGAAGCCAUGGGCCCUUCCCGCUCUGCAGUCCUGUCCGCGAUGAGGCUCGGUCUGUGGUGGCUCCUUCUGAGCCCAGCAGGGUCAGCACAGCGAGCCUCCCAUACCCAAGCCGAGGACCGACUCUUCAAACACCUCUUUAGGGGCUACAACCGCUGGGCACGGCCAGUGCCCAACACCUCAGAUGUGGUGAUCGUGCGCUUUGGGCUGUCCAUUGCCCAGCUCAUCGAUGUGGAUGAGAAGAACCAAAUGAUGACCACCAACGUCUGGCUAAAGCAGGAGUGGAAUGAUUACAAGCUGCACUGGAACCCGGCCGAUUUCGGCAACAUCACAUCCCUCCGGGUCCCUUCCGAGAUGAUCUGGAUCCCUGACAUUGUCCUCUACAACAAUGCAGAUGGGGAGUUUGCGGUGACCCACAUGACCAAGGCUCACCUCUUCUCCACGGGCACUGUGCACUGGGUGCCCCCGGCCAUCUACAAGAGCUCCUGCAGCAUCGACGUCACCUUCUUCCCCUUCGACCAGCAGAACUGCAAGAUGAAGUUUGGCUCCUGGACGUACGACAAGGCCAAGAUCGACCUGGAGCAGACAGAGCAGACGGUGGACCUGAAGGACUACUGGGAGAGCGGCGAGUGGGCCAUCAUCAAUGCCACGGGCACCUACAACACCAAGAAGUACGACUGCUGCGCCGAGAUCUACCCCGACGUCACCUACUACUUCGUCAUCCGGCGCCUGCCCCUCUUCUACACCAUCAACCUCAUCAUCCCCUGCCUGCUCAUCUCCUGCCUCACGGUGCUUGUCUUCUACCUGCCCUCCGACUGUGGCGAGAAGAUCACGCUCUGCAUCUCCGUGCUGCUCUCGCUCACCGUCUUCCUCCUGCUCAUCACGGACAUCAUCCCCUCCACCUCCCUGGUCAUCCCGCUCAUCGGCGAGUACCUGCUCUUCACCAUGAUCUUCGUCACGCUCUCCAUCGUCAUCACGGUCUUUGUACUAAAUGUCCACCACCGCUCCCCCCGCACCCACACUAUGCCCCACUGGGUGCGGGUGGCCUUUCUGGGCUGUGUGCCCCGGUGGCUUCUGAUGAACCGGCCUGUGCCCCCCCUGGAGCCCCGUGACCCCCCAGAUCUGAAGCCCAGCUCCUCUCAUUACUGGCUGGAGACCAACGUGGAUGCGGAGGAGAGAGAGGAGGAAAAGGAGGAGGAAGACAGAUGGGGGUGGGCAGCUCACUUAUCCCCCUCCAUGGGUGUCCUCCGUGGCCACGGUGGUCUACCUCAGGGGGCCUCAGGGCCCAGGGUGGAGGUCCAGUUGCAGGAGGGCGGGCUUCUGCUGUCACCUCGCAUACAGAAGGCACUUGAAGGUGUGCACUAUAUUGCUGAUCACCUGCGAUCUGAGGAUGCUGACUCUUCGGUGAAGGAAGACUGGAAGUAUGUGGCCAUGGUCAUUGAUAGGAUAUUCCUCUGGUUGUUUAUCAUCGUCUGCUUCCUGGGGACCAUCGGACUCUUUCUCCCUCCAUUCCUGGCUGGAAUGAUCUGA